UUUUGGCAGCCCCCCUCUCUCUAAUAAUCUAUCUAAUCCACGUUUUCCUUCGUUUAUGACGGUACUUUUUAAAUUAUUUCCUCCUUCGUGUGAUGCAGAAUUCUCAACUUUCUCCAAAAUUCUUCCUCCCGUAUCUAAAGCUUCUUUAGCUACGGCUGUUCCGGCUCGACGAGCAUAUGGUAAAAGGAAACGCCAAAAAUGUCGCAGUACAUCACCAACUCCUCCACCCGUUUGGCGUCCGUAUCCUCUUUGA